AUGUCUGUGGACCUCUUCCCGCUCUCUGAGGCGGUGCUGCCUCCAAGCCAAAUACGCGAUUUGCGGCGGCUGGAAACCUCAAUUCGGCACACGUUGCACAGCCUGGAGCGCGAACAGAGGCACUUCCGCGUCGUCGUGUUUGUGGCGCUGUCUUCGUCACUGUACUUCGCCUGGAGUCCUGCUGCCCGCACGCUUUCCUGUUUGCAAGCGCUGGAUGUCCUGGGCGCGGCCUCUGAGGCCCUGCCAGUUCUCCUCGGCGCCGCCUGCAUUUUCUUGCUUUUGCGCCAGCGGGCUUGCUACGAGAAGAUCCACGAACGCCGCAUCUACCUCGAACGGCUAAACACGUCGCUGCGACAGCUGCACUUAUUCUUCGAUUACGCGUCGCUCUCGCUAUGGAUCUACGAGCAGCCGCAGCGACGCAUCUGCCUCGUCGCGCGGAGUGCGUCGAUCUCCUAG